CGAGAUAAAAUCGUUCGAAUUAAGCAGUCACCUUAAUAUUAUAAUCACACCAAAAAGCAAUGUCUCUCGUAGAUAAAUUGCUUGGCGAAGGAGCAGUGGCGGAUUUAUGUGUGUGGAAAAACAAGAUAAAAUCAGGCAUCACAUUUGCAAUUGCCACACAUAGCUGGUACCAAUUGGUGAUCAUGGAGACUCGACUUGUACCAUUUCUAUGUUCAAUCUUGUUAGUCCUGAUGCUGCUUCUCUUCAUCUGGGUCAAGUUUGGAGAACCCCUUUUCAUUUGGAGAGCUCCCACUCCUGAAGAAUUCAAACAAAAAGAUUCUCCAGUUAGAGCCUUAUUUUCAGAGAUCGAAGGUCUUCUCUUGAUGCUGUAUGAGAUUGCAUACGAAGAAGACAUGAAAACCUUACUCUGGGCCAUCCUUUUUGUGGCCAUCAUAUACACUCUUGGGAGCUACAUUAGCCUCCUCACAAUUAUAUAUAUAUGUCUUGUCUGCUUGAUGACGAUUCCAGUUUUGUACCUACUAUGUCAAGAGGUUGUUGACAAUUUCAUUGAGGAUGUAUCAGGAGUGAAGAACAAGAUACUCGAAAUAUUCAAACCAAGCAGAAGAAGUUGUGCAAGGUCAUGUGAGUGUGCCGUAUACUAAAGCAAACCAUAUAUGCUAUAAUAUCAUUGUUGAGCUUAUUUGAUUGA